UUAUAUAUAUCAAACUCAGAACAAAACAAAGUUUAAGGUCUAAAAUUACGGUGGCUUCUAAGCUCUCCUCUCAUCCGGUAACUAAGAAGAAAAUGGCAAGAAGAGAAGACGAUAUGGAGAAAGUGAAAGACAAAUCUGAGCCGUUGCUGCUUCCGGAGAAUGGAUCCGACGUCUCAGAAGAAGAAGGAGCGUCGUGGAUGGUUUGUCUAAGCACAUUCAUUGCCGUUUGUGGUUCCUACGAGUUUGGAACCUGCGUGGGGUAUUCCGCUCCGACCCAGUUCGGGAUAAUGGAAGAACUUAAUUUAUCAUAUUCCCAGUUUUCAGUUUUCGGAUCUAUAUUGAAUGUGGGAGCAGUUCUUGGCGCUAUAACAUCGGGAAAGAUCUCUGAUUUCAUCGGUCGGAAAGGGGCCAUGAGGUUGUCUUCGGUGAUCUCUGCCAUCGGCUGGAUGAUUAUAUAUUUCUCCAAGGGUGACAUACCUUUGGACUUCGGUAGAUUUCUCACGGGUUAUGGUUGCGGUACCCUUUCGUAUGUGGUUCCGGUUUUCAUCGCCGAAAUUAGUCCGAGAAAACUACGAGGAGCAUUGGCUACGCUUAACCAGCUCUUUUUAGUAAUCGGAUUGGCUUCCAUGUUCCUCAUAGGUGCCGUCAUAAACUGGAGAGCUCUUGCACUAACUGGAGUUGUACCGUGUGUGAUUCUAUUUUUUGGGACUUGGUUCAUUCCCGAAUCACCUAGAUGGCUGGAAAUGGUUGGCCGCCACCGCGAUUUCGAAAUUGCGUUGCAAAAACUGAGGGGUCCUAACGCCAAUAUCGCAAGAGAAGCCGAUGAAAUCAAAGAGUACUUAGCGACUAUAGCGCACCUUCCGAAAACCACACUACUAGACCUUAUUGACAAAAAGAACAUACGUUUUGUCAUUGUUGGAGUUGGUUUAAUGUUUUUCCAACAAUUCGUUGGAAUAAAUGGGGUUAUCUUCUAUGCACAGCAAAUUUUUGUAUCAGCAGGAGCAUCUCCAACUCUUGGAAGCAUUCUAUACUCGAUCGAACAAGUCAUUCUUACAGCUCUAGGCGCAACGUUACUAAUUGAUCGGCUUGGACGAAGACCACUUCUUCUUGCUUCAGCUGUGGGGAUGCUGAUUGGAUGUUUGCUCAUCGGAAAUUCAUUUCUUCUAAAGGCCCAUGGUUUAGCACUUGAUAUCAUUCCGGCCCUAGCAGUUAGCGGUGUCUUGGUCUAUAUCGGUUCAUUUUCGAUUGGAAUGGGUGCAAUCCCAUGGGUUAUAAUGUCUGAGAUAUUCCCAAUAAAUUUGAAAGGAACUGCUGGAGGACUUGUCACUGUUGUGAAUUGGCUUAGUUCGUGGUUUGUUUCCUUAACGUUCAACUUUCUCAUGAUCUGGAGCCCUCAUGGUGCAUUUUAUGUCUAUGGUGGGGUUUGUGUAUUGGCCAUUAUCUUCAUAGCAAAACUUGUUCCUGAAACCAAAGGCAAGACCUUGGAAGAGAUUCAAGCAAUGAUGAUGUAAAUUAUUAAAUUUCAAUAUGUAUUAAGUUAUACCAAUAUCUGCAUGCAAAUGCAUUUUAUUUUCAAUGUUCUAUUGGUUCAAGAUAUCGUAGCAGUGCUUUUCUACAUUUUCUUGCAUAUUCU